UCAUCAUGCUGGGUUCCGGGAUUCUGCUUGUGUUUUGUGUCUGCUUCCUCUUUUUCUUGAUAAGGAUUCAGAGGCCUAAAAACUUUCCUCCCGGACCACUACCUAUCCCUGUAUUUGGGAACUUGUUUCAUUUUAAUGUAAAAAAUCCUCUGAAAGACUUUGGGAAGUUGGCUAAGCGGUAUGGCAAAGUUUACAGUCUGUAUAUUGGGACAAAACCAGUUGUUGUUCUUAAUGGUUUAAAAGCCAUAAGAGAGGCUCUCGUGACCAAAUCUGCAGAAUUCUCAGGACGCCCACAGAAUAUGCUUAAGGAUGUGACUGAAGGAAAAGGAUUCAUAAUGGCUGAUUAUGGCCCUGUAUGGAAGGAGCAUCGGCGCUUUGCUCUUAUGACUUUAAGGAACUUUGGCUUGGGAAAAAAGUCUAUGGAGAACAGGAUUCUGGGAGAAAUUGAAUAUCUUGUUGCAAAAUUGGAAAAAUAUGCUGGAAGUUCCUUACAUCCUCAGACAUUGUUCCACGAUGCAGCAUCAAAUAUCAUCUACCUGGUUUUAUUUGGCACUCGCUAUGAGUAUGGUGAUGAAACUCUUAAAGUUUAUGUUCGCUUAUUUGCUGAAAGUACAAAGCUUGCUAAUGGACCUUGGGCAUUGAUCUAUGAUGCACUUCCUGUGGUGAGGACCUGGCCCCUUCCCUUUAAAAAAGCUUUUGACAAUUACCAGAUGCUUAAAAGCUUGACAGCAAACAUGAUCAAAGAGCACAAGACAACAAGAGUGCCCGGAAGACCAAGAGACUUUGUUGACUGCUAUCUGGAUGAGCUUGAUAAGAGAAGCAAUGAAUCCACUUUCAGUGAAGAGCAACUUUCAACGUAUAUUAUGAAUCUGCAUUUAGCUGGAACUGAUACCACAUCCAACACACUCCUUACAGCGAUCCUCUACCUCAUGGCUCAUCCAGACAUCCAAAAGAGAUGCCAGAAGGAGAUUGAUGAAGUUAUGAAGGGAAAAUCUCAGGUAUCUUUUGAAGACAGACAAAAUCUGCCGUACACACAAGCUGUGAUUUAUGAGUGUCAGCGCAUCGCUAGCACCGUCCCUCUGAGUGUGUCCCACUGUACCACAAGAGAUACUGAACUCAUGACCUACACCAUCCCAAAGGGAACUAUGAUCAUCCCCAACCUAUUUUCAGUAUUGCGUGAAGAAGGCCAGUGGAAGUUUCCUCAUGAUUUUAACCCAUUAAACUUUCUUAAUGAUCAGGGACAGUUUGAGAAACCUGAGGCCUUCUUACCCUUUUCUGCUGGCCCUCGUGCGUGUCUUGGAGAAGGUCUGGCUCGCAUGGAGCUUUUCCUCGUCUUAGUUACACUCCUGCACCGCUUUCAGUUUGUUUGGCCUGAAGAUGCAGGAGAACCAGAUUUUACUAUCAUGUUUGGAGUAACAACUAAACCCAAGCCAUACAGGAUGGGACUCAGACUGAGACAGCCAGUUAGUGUGCAGAGCAGCCGUACAGCAGUCAUUAUGUUCGGUUCAUGGAUCCUGAUCGUGUUUUGUGUCUGCCUCCUCUUCCUUUUUAUUAGGAUCCAGAGGCCCAAGAACUUCCCUCCUGGACCAAGACCCAUCCCUAUAUUCGGAAACUUGUUUCAUUUUGACAUAAAAAAUCCUCUGAAAGACUUCGAGAAGUUGGCUAAGCAGUAUGGAAACGUUUACAGUCUGUAUAUUGGGACAAAACCAGCUGUUGUUCUGAAUGGUUUAAAAGCCAUAAAGGAAGCUCUGGUGAACAAAUCCACAGACUUCUCAGGACGCCCGCAGAACAUCAUUAAGGAUAUAAGUGAGGGGAAAGGAGUCAUUAUGGCUGAUUAUGGGCUUCAAUGGAAGGAGCACCGGCGCUUUGCUCUCACGACCUUAAGGAACUUUGGCUUGGGAAAACAGUCUAUGGAGAAAAGGAUUCUGGGAGAACUUGAACACCUUGUUGCAAAAUUGAAUAAAUAUGCAGGAAGUUCCUUGUGUCCUCAGACUUUGUUCCAUGAUGCAGCAUCAAAUAUCAUCUACCUGGUUUUAUUUGGCACUCGCUAUGACUACGGUGAUGAAACCCUUAAAGUGUACGUUCGGCUGUUCACUGAAAAUUUAAAGCUUGGUAAUGGAGCUUGGGCAAUGAUCUAUGAUGCACUUCCUGUGGUAAGGUCCUGGCCCCUUCCCUUUAAAAAAGCCUUUGAUAAUAACAGCAAACUUAAAAAGAUGACAGCAAACAUGAUUAAAGAGCACAAGACAACAAGGAUCCCAGGGAAACCAAGAGACUUUGUUGAUUGCUAUCUGGAUGAGCUUGAUAAGGAAGACAAAGAAUCAACUUUUAGCGAAGAACAACUUGUGGCUUAUAUUUUAAAUCUGCAUGUAGCUGGCACUGACACCACAUCCAACACACUCCUUACAGCGAUGCUUUACCUUAUGACUCAUCCAGACAUCCAGGAGAGAUGCCAGAUGGAAAUUGAUGAGAUUAUGGAGGGAAAAUCACAUCCUUCAUUUGAGGACAGAAACAACAUGCCAUACAUACAGGCUAUGAUACACGAAUGUCAGCGCACUGCCAACACCGUCCCUCUGAGUGUGUCACACUGUACCACUAGAGAUACUGAACUGAUGAACUACACCAUACCAAAGGGAACUAUGAUCAUCCCCAACCUGUCCUCAGUAUUACGUGAGGAGGGCCAGUGGAAGUUUCCUUAUGAAUUUAACCCAUCAAACUUCUUAAAUGAUCAGGGACAGUUUGUGAAACCUGAGGCAUUCUUACCCUUUUCUGCUGGGCCUCGUGUAUGUCUUGGAGAAGGUCUGGCUCGCAUGGAGCUCUUCCUCUUCUUGGUUACUCUUCUACACCGCUUUCAGUUCAUUUGGCCUGAAGAUGCAGGAGAACCAGAUUUUACACCUGUGUUUGGACUAACAAUUACACCAAAACCUUACAGAAUGGGAGUCAGGCUGAGAGAGUCAGCUAAAGAAAUAUAGAAACAGA